AAAAAGAAAAAGAAAAAAAACUUUUUGUUAAGUUACUAGAUCAUGGCUGUUGAAAAGAAGAGACCCAGAGGUUUAAAAGGCAGCGCCAAAGCCAAAGCCAACAAGAAAUCAAAGGUCGAUGAGACACCUUCUGAAAUCCCUGAAAAUGCUCAAACUGUGGUCAUUGACAAGGUGGUUGAAGAAGGCGAUGAAGUUGGAGAAGCUGCCGCUCUUUAUGAAUCCGCCAUUGAGAAACUUGAAACAGACGCCGCCGCUGCUUUACCUUUGUUGAGAGGUACCAUUCACGAAUCCGAUCGUAUUCUUCGCAACCAUGAAUCAAGCACCCCUUUGCCCGCCUUAUUCUACUUUACUUACGGUGCGGCAUUAUACGAACUCGGUCGAUUAACCGAAGACGAAGAAUUUGAGCCUUACUUGGACGCUGCCCAAGAACGUUUAAACACAGGUCUUGAAUUAAACGACGCUACGAUGGAAGACAAGAUUCGUUUGGCCUUAGCCAAGAUUUGGUUGGCGCAAGCAGCCAGUGCCAUCUCACAGGGAGAUGAACAGGUGGAUACGAUCCCCGCAUUAUCCACACAAGCGUUAGCUACGUUGGAUUCAGUCAUUGCGAAAGGAGAUGUGCCUGCCAAAACCAUGAUUGAAUUAGCGGAUAUUGUUCAAAAUCAUGGUGAUUUGUAUGAAGAUUUCACCUCACGUGAGGUAUUCAGAGUGUGGGCAGAAGACGCAUUAAAUAAGGUUUUGGAAAAGGAGCCUGAAAAUGCCAGUGCAUUGUCUGAAUUAGGUCUGUGUCAAUUAUCCUUGGCCAACUAUCACUUGGAUCAUGAAGAAGAAGAAGAUGAUGAAGAAGAAGAAGAGGAAGAAGAGGCAAAGACAGUAUUGACACAAGGAGAGCAAAAGGCAUAUGAUGCAAUUUUGAACAGUAAAGGCUAUUUUGAAACGGCCAAAGAUUUGCUUGUCAAGUCUAAUCAGGUGUCACCUCAGAUUUUAUCGGAUUUAGCAGAGACUUUAUUGAACCAAGCCAAUCUGGUAUUGAAGGAAGAAGAGCAACUCGAGAUCUAUCACCGUGUUGUAGAAAAUAUCAAGGAAGCCAAUGCUUUGAUUGCCGAAAAGAAUUUGGAUUUCAUUUUACCUGAAGCAUUAACUUCAUUUUUGGAGGAAUUCGAGUAACUUUUUUUUUUAAAGCUCCUUUAAAUUGUUUUGUCCCUCCCACACUUUUUUUAUUUUUGAUAUCUCU